AAAUAAACACAGCGUAUUGAAUUGAUACCAUUGAAAUCUGUGCAGGAUUGAUCGUGCUUACGUAUGAUACUUUCCUGCCCCGAGUGUCCUACGCACAGUGAGGCGAUGCCGUGGUAGAUUUACAGUCGGAAUAGUUUUGGCUCAUCUGCGGUGCCCGUUGGAUGCGCCAGCAUGUGAUGUGAGCUUCCUCUUACACUGCCCCCGCUUCCAAUCCCACCGUGUUGUGCUUCGUGAUCACCUUGCUGCCUUGGGUGUGUCUACCUUUGACCUGCCCACCCUGCUGGCGGCAGCAGGCGUCUACUCCUCACACCAAGCUGCGGUUAUCCGCCUCACCUGCGUCUUCCUGAAGAAGUGUGGACAACUACCCCGCCUGUGAUCACCUCACAGGCCACCACAGGGCUCAUAGGAUCUGUGGGAUCGUCAAAGCCCGAAAACAACAACAACAUGUGAUGUGAGGCGGCGGGGUGUCCGGGCACAGGUCACUUGUUGGUCGGUGGCUUCGCCUAUGAGUGACGAGGCCACGGCGAGGUGCUGCCACUACUUUUGGGGCUGCUAGGGUGCCACCAUGGCCGAGACGGGACAGGUGUUGGCCAAUGUGAACUUCUCGCGGUACUCUAGCGCGGUGUUCGUGGUGGCGCAGAAAGCCUUGUGGCGUGCCUUCCACUGGCUCUACCACCAUCACCACCGCCAUGAGCCUCACUUGUAUGUGGGAGACUGCCUUCGCCGUACCCCCGGGGUCAUGAACAGACUUGGAGCGUGGGAGAGAGCCUCCCUGUCUCGGCGGGAGGACCCAGCCAAUAUGGACAUUCCGCUCCUGUACCGGCUGCUGCAGCACACCUGUGGCCUCACCCCAGAGACCGGCACGUUUGCCUGGCACAGACCACCGACAGACCCGGCCCAGCAGUGCCUAGAGCAUUGGCUGCAUCAGAUCAAGGCUGCUAGGCAUGCAGUGUGUCAUGACCCCAGUGCCUUCAUGUACCUCACCAAUGAUGAGCUGGACACACGUCUCAACAAGCUGUCAUGGCUGCUGUGCAAGACAGUGCGGGCGGCAGGCAGUCGUUCCUCUCGACUGCCUGCUGAGGUGGAAGCAGCCACACGCGGCAUCAGGGAAAGCCUUACCCAGAUCAGAAUCUCGAUUCCUUCAUCGCUCGUACAUCCUUUAGAGUUUGCACUGCUGGCCAGGAAGGAACAAAGAGAACAAUGGCAUGGUCACACAAUAUGGAGGAUGCCAACAUUUACAAUGCUGUUGAAGGGAGAGGUGGAUAUGCAGAUAGAACACGGAGUGAAGGCGCUGGGCAAGACUGUCACUGUCAACUCACUACUUACUCGGCAGGUGAUGGUGACGAGGGUGUCUUUGAAUGAGUGGCUCCUUCACGAUCCCCAAUUGCCAGGAGAGGUGACAAUGCAGCUGGUUGUGGUAGUGGAAUGCCGGGAGGUGUUCACCUGCGACCUAACAUGCCAUCUCAAGGCGAGGCUGCUGCCGCGGACCUGCCGGCGGUGUCAUUCAGAGGAGGUGCUGGAUCUGCUGGGAUCCCUGCGGGUGUUGUGGCUGGUGGAUAGCUUUGGGGCCACAGCACAGGCCCCAGAUGUGAUGCGCCAGCUGGUGGAUCUAUGCAGCAAGGGCCACAUGGUGCUGUUCAGGGGCCAUCAACACUUCCUGUAUGAGGCGGGAGUCACCCUGUCUAGACUAGAUGCAAGGAACCUGUUUGGCUUCUGCAGCUUCCCUGGAGGUGAAUAGGUGGGAAGGAUGGAGGCAAAACAUUCCUGUUAUACAUAGGCAUAUAUGUUGCCUCAUCGUAAUUUGGUACAGAUGGUACUACACCAGAUUCCAGAUUCAGGUGGCCCUUGGCAUUAAUCUUCAAUAGCGACUGAAUUGUCAUCCCAACCCACCAAUAAGCACCAGUUGUUGCUAUGGUAACCAAUGAAUUCAGGGCUUGCUGUGAUGGUUGUUGGCUCCGUGGCAGUGUGUUUAUAGAGGCUAUUUGAAAUGGUUAGCAGCUACUCUGUAAAACUCAGGAUUUAUUUAUUUAUUUACUUAUUUUAUCCUGUUGGGGAUUUGAUAGGUCCAUGCAGGCUGUGAUGCUACUGCCUCUAUUGGUCCUUAGAAGCUGGUGAGUCUUCAUGGAAUCAAUAAAAGCAAAUUUAUGACACAAAAAUGGGAAGAAUUAGAAAAAUCAAAUUUGCAUAUUUAUAAAAAUUGGAAAAACGUAGAUCAGUACCUAUUAGGAAAAAAAGGCUUACUGGAGAGAUAACUAAAUGUCUCAUUUGCAAUGCAGAGGUGAAAAAUUUUGAACACUUCUUGAUUGCCAGGAUGCAUGAAGGUGAGAAUAGUAACCUCAGGCUGCCUCAAUGUCAAGAAGCAUCUGGGCUCUGACUACAGUAAAUAAUGUUAUUUAUUUUUGAUGAUGCUAACAAAUAUUCUAAUACCAGUGUGUUCUUAUGCUUGUCUAACUUCAUAAUGUACAUAAGUUUCUAGAUUGUAAUUGUGGACACAAGGCUGAUAGUAACGGAUGACUUGUAGUUAAAGUUUGUGGUGGCGCUGCUUCAGAAAAUUUUUGGUCAUUGGUUUAAUAUUCUGUGAAAUGAAACAAAUAUUUGAAAAGUGGAACCUCGGUUUAUGGACUCAAGCGGAUGUCUAAAAGUAUGCGUACUUCUCACAUUGAUAGCUCAUGCCACACUGGUGAACGAGAGUUCGUUUUUGCAAGGGAGGUAGGUGAACUGCACUGAACGUACUAAGGGUAUAUAAAGAAAUGUAUGAGUAUGAAGAAAGAACUUGAUAAAAUCCAUUAUAUUGAAUGUUACUGAUAAAGAGUUAAAAUAGGGGAUGCUUCAGUCCCACAGUGUCCAUACAUGUGCUCCUACUGCUUUCAUAAUCCCAGUGUCUAAAGAAGUUGAAUUUGUAAAUUUAGAAUUGGACUUUUUUGAAAUAAAAUAUUUUUGCUU